GUACUCUCGCGUUGUCCCCAGUUACUCGGGGACACUCGAUAAGUAGAGUCGGUUCGGUCGGUCCGUUGAUCGAGUGGUGAUUUUUGUAAUUAGCAACUAGCGCUGAACCUCUGGGAGGCACAAUCCACUGAGCUCAUCGUGAUCUGGUGGUGUAUCCACAAAUUGGACGAUCAACCUUAUCGCAUCGCAACAAAACAAAUGGCGUUGGCUCGAUGCUCCAUCAUCAUCAUCAUCAUCAUCGGUUGCAGUCCGUGUUCGUGACCUAAACACACACACCUGUCCACACACCGGGGGACACAUCGAAGGCACGCACGCACCCACACCGAAGGCUCGCGAGUCCAACGAAAAGCUCAGCCACCCUCACCGUAACGCGUGUGUGAUAGGUGCCGGGAUAAAAACAAACACCAGCUCACCCUCACUCUCACUCACUGAAGAGGGCAAAACGAAACGAAACGAAAAAAAAAACACGCACCCCAUUUGUUCGAAUCUAAUCAGCCAAAAAGCCACCGAAAAGCUGAUACAGCGCCCCAAACAAGCGCUCGGGAGGCGGGGAACGAACGAGGAACGCCGCGUCGUGCGGACCGUUUUAUUGUUUUAACACACCGUGUGUGCUUGCUUCUGCGGACCAUUUAGCCGUACGGUGCGGUCAGAAAAUGUGGAAGCGCGUCCCGGGACGGUUCGUGUUUUGUGUUCUGGUGCAGUGCAGCUCCGGAUAAUCGCUGGCGCCGGUCGUGGUGAAACGGAAACCGUUUUCAUACUGUGGGUGACUUUGGGUGAAGAACAGAGCCUAGCUUUUGCGUUGUGAUCGUGUUGGUUUUUGGGCGAAGUUUUGUAACUUCAAUCGAGUGAUAUCGAGUGAUUUUACAGCGCAAACAGGUGGAUGUUGUUUAGGCGCGCAGGUGAACAAAGAAAAGACGUAAACACAACAACAGUGCUCCAAUCGAAACGGAAAGCAUCCAGCAAACGAUUCAGAAUCUGUUGCCGGCGUUAAUCAUCAGGGUGGCCGCAGGAUGGGGUUCAGCUGCACACUGUGUGGACUCGGUCCACGGAUGACCGUGUUCGUAAUAGGCACGAUCACGCUGGUAUUCUCCCUGCUAAUGGCUGGCUUAGCUACGACCGCAAUACUGGCAUACAACUGUGAGAUCGACAUGACCGACUCGAAGGAAACGUACGGGCUGUAUUUGUUCUACUUCCGCUCGAAAGAGUGUGGUCCCGUUGAUCUGCGGUAUCUGGGCAUUGACGUGAACGUUAGCCUACCCUUCCCGGAGAAGACCGAUGCUGUGGAGCGAACGUUUGUGUUUGCAAUCGUAUCUGCUGCACUGCACGGUGCAUUGGCCGUUACGACGGUGCUACUCUUCGGUACCAUGUGUGUCUCUUGCUUGGGCCGCAGCUGCGUGGUGGUAGGAUUCUAUCCCUGGAUCCUGGCCAUGUUCCUUGUGCUAGCGCUCGAUGUUACCGGCUUUGUGACUUAUUUGAUCGAUUUCAUCAAUGUCAUGGAUCUCAAUGGCGUGAUAGACCUGCUAGAGCUGGACGACACCCCCCUAAUACGGCAGGUAUUGGGGCAGGUCGACGAUAUCUACUUUAUUGCGCCUUCCCUCUUUAUGUGGCUUGCGUUCAGCAAAGCGGUACUGUUUUGGUUCAUGUUUGUCGUGUUCCUAGCCGUCAUCAUAAGCCUUUCGAUGACGCUGUGGAAAGAAAACAAACCGGCUCCAGCGUACAACGAAUCGAUGCAACCCCGGCAAGUCAUGCACCCGACCAGUCCUCCGGCGGAUCUAGCCGAACCUCAUCGCUCCUCCGCCACACGGUACUUCGAUCAAGCUCCGCAGCAGCAGCAGCAGCAGCAGCAACCGCCGAUGCACGUGGUUCAUCAGCCAGUGCACGAACAUAUGCCACGAAUUUACGCACCAAUGCCACCACCAAAUCAACUUCAGUUACCCCACUCGGAUCCGCACGUGCGGCGUACGGUCGAACCGCUAAACGACGCAUACGAUUCCAGCAGCUUCCGGGAGGAUAGUCUACCGUACCAACCGGCGCCAUGCGUUCAAGAGCCGUCCGUCCCGAUGCCUCUGCACGUGAAGCAAACUGUCGAUCCAUUUACCGACAAACGGUUCUCGUACCUGCCGGGCCAACCGGCACCCUUCUCGUACCUGGCCGGACCACCGUCGGGCAAUAGUCCGCGAAGCUCGGUAACGGCACCACCGGAAGUACGCAAUCAGCUGCCCUGGUCGUACUUCCCGGCCACGGACGAUAAGAAGGCAGCCGGCAAGCGGUUAACGUCCACGCUGACGGAGGAGAAAGAAUUCCCCGGUGAGGAGAAACAACUCCCAACGCACAAGGCCGGUGCGUUCGCCGACGAUCGGUCCAGCGUGACAACGGAUGAAGGAAAGUGGAGUGGACCGGAGUACAAAUACUAGUCAAAAUUCGCAACUCGGCCAUCACAGAGGCUAGCAUGGAAAUGGGGCCGGCCGUGGCGCAUAAAGGUCGCGGCUGCCUGGCUGUUACUUUUUUGUAAAUAUCUCUACUAUCUUGUUUAAAUCCCGCAACGACACUGUACUUAGAGAGCGAAGCGAGUAAGAGGAACGUGCCCUUUGCGACCGUUAUUUCGCUCGUGUUAAGUGAUAGGAGCAAUGGCGAGCAGCAAAUUAACACAACGAUCGAGAGCGAGGCUCCGAGCGAGUUUCGCUGCCAGGAAUCUGGUGGAAUGUUAAAACGAAAACGAGUAUACGAACACAACUAGUAGAAAGGAAAAGCGUACAACAAUAGUGUUGAACAUGGUGAUAAAAUGAUGAAGGAAGAGGGAGAGAGAGAGAUGUCAUACUACUGCUACGUUAACCACUGGUCGAUGUGGAAAACCGAGCAUUUUAAUGUAAAAUAUACGGGUUACAUUUAACUGUAA